AUGCCCCUGUGCUGUGGGCAUCCUGGUCUCCUGUCUUCUUUGUCUCCAGGGAUGGUCCUCGUGCGGAGUGAGAAUGGGCAGCUGUUAAUGAUCCCUCAGCAGGCCCUGGCUCAGAUGCAGGCUCAGGCCCAUGCCCAGGCCCAGCCACAGAGCACCAUGGCUCCGCGCCCUGCCACUCCCACAAGUGCCCCUCCUGUCCAGAUAUCCACCGUACAGGCUCCUGGGACACCUAUUAUUGCACGGCAGGUGACCCCAACUACCAUAAUUAAGCAAGUGUCUCAGGCUCAGACAACGGUACAGCCCACUACAACCCUGCAACGCUCCCCGGGGGUUCAGCCUCAGCUUGUUCUGGGUGGCUCUGCCCAGACAGCCUCUCUUGGGACAGCAACAGCUGUUCAAACAGGAACACCUCAGCGAACGGUCCCAGGGGCCACCACCACCUCCACAGCUGCCACGGAAACUAUGGAAAACGUGAAGAAAUGUAAAAAUUUUCUAUCUACGUUAAUAAAACUGGCCUCAUCUGGUAAACAGUCUACAGAGACAGCAGCUAAUGUGAAAGAACUAGUGCAAAAUUUACUGGAUGGAAAAAUUGAAGCCGAAGAUUUUACUAGCAGGUUAUACCGAGAACUUAAUUCUUCACCUCAACCUUACCUUGUGCCUUUCCUGAAGAGGAGCUUACCCGCCUUGAGACAGCUGACCCCCGACUCCGCGGCCUUUAUCCAGCAGAGCCAGCAGCAGCCGCCACCAGCCUCGCAGGCCACCACCGCACUCACAGCCGUGGUGCUGAGCAGCUCGGUGCAGCGCACAGCCGGGAAGACGGCUGCCUCAGUGACCAGCGCCCUCCAGCCCCCUGUCAUCAGCCUCACGCAGCCCACACAGGUGAUCCAGCAGCCCCCCAAGCCUGGAGCCCUGAUCCGGCCCCCGCAGGUGACCUUGACGCAGACGCCCAUGGUCGCACUGCGGCAGCCUCACAACCGGAUCAUGCUCACCACAUCUCAGCAGAUCCAGCUGAACCAGCUGCAGCCAGUCCCCGUGGUGAAACCCACCGUGUUACCUGGAACCAAAGCCCUUUCUACUGUCUCGGCACAAGCAGCUGCUGCACAGAAGAACAAGCUCAAGGAGCCUGGGGGAGGUUCGUUUCGGGAUGAUGAUGACAUCAAUGAUGUUGCAUCGAUGGCUGGAGUAAACCUGUCAGAAGAAAGUGCAAGAAUACUGGCCACAAACUCUGAGUUGGUGGGGACACUCACCCGGUCCUGUAAGGACGACACCUUCCUGCUCCCCGCACCCUUGCAAAGGAGGAUGUUGGAAAUCGGUAAAAAGCACGGCAUAACGGAAUUGCACCCAGAUGUAGUGAGUUAUGUAUCCCACGCCACGCAGCAGAGGCUACAGAAUCUUGUAGAAAAAAUAUCUGAAACGGCUCAGCAAAAAAACUUCUCUUACAAGGAUGAUGACAGAUAUGAACAGGCAAGUGAUGUCCGGGCUCAGCUCAAAUUUUUUGAACAACUUGACCAGAUUGAAAAGCAGAGAAAAGAUGAGCAGGAGAGGGAGAUCCUGAUGCGGGCAGCCAAGUCUCGAUCCAGACAAGAAGAUCCAGAACAAUUAAGGUUGAAGCAGAAGGCAAAAGAGAUGCAGCAGCAGGAGCUGGCACAAAUGCGACAGCGAGAUGCCAACCUCACAGCGCUGGCGGCCAUUGGGCCCAGGAAAAAGAGGAAAGUGGACUGCGCGGGGCCAGGAUCAGGAGCAGAGGGCUCAGGCCCCGGCGCGGCAGUCCCAGGCAGCUCCGGCGUGGGCGCCCCCAGGCAGUUCACACGGCAAAGAAUCACCCGGGUCAACCUCAGGGACCUCAUAUUUUGUUUAGAAAAUGAGCGCGAGACAAGCCAUUCACUGUUGCUCUACAAAGCAUUCCUUAAGUAACACAGGACAAGUCGCCUGGGGACAGUUUUAUAUAUUUGCAGAUUACGCCUUUUUGUAACAAGCAAAUGGGAUAUUGUUUAAAAACAGCCACCUCUUUACAAUGGAACAGUUUUAUAUUCCUGUUUCUAAAUGAGCUCUUCAGCGUGGAAGAACCGUUUCUGUAGCAGAGAGACACAAAGGCCUGCGGAUGCUCCUAAAGGACAGCCAAACCUGACUCAUCCUUGACUGAGUGGCCUUCCUGCCAAACAAGCCAUAUAUAAAGACUGAUGGAAUCGCUUAGCAAAUAACUAGCUGCCCUCGGUCAGCUUGUAGCAGUUCCUUCAUUGUCUGUGCAUUUUGGUUGGGUUCGGUUCCGCUUGCCAUGUUGCUGUAUGUCGACAGCCAGUGACCUCAUUUCACUUAUUUUUGUUGCAGUCAGUUGGCAAAGCCAACUGAGUUUUAGACUAUUUAUCUUCCUGGCUUUUCUCCGCUCCAAAUUCUCCAGGAACACACAAGUCAUCGCCGUCACGUGGAGUGUGGGUGCGUUUCUGCGUAGUAUAGGUCGGGGCCCGGCAUGGGGGUCCCUCCUGAAUGUGUUCAGCAUCUGUACAAAUGAAUUUUAUUUGCUACAGUUUGUGAAGCUGUAAAGUUAAAGGAAAUGGAAACCUUUUCAGCAUAAAUAUAUUUUACUUGCACUGUGUUUUUUUAGCUAAAAGUGAAAACUUAGAUAAAAUAAAAUCAGAGUUGAGAAGAAUCAUCAAAAGACUGUUUCUCAGUGUGAAUCAAGUGUUGAAAAAUGGUUGGUGUAUUUUGUCAGUAAUUGUACAUAAUUUUUGGCACAUAACAUAAAAUGGCUAUGUAAACUAUAAUUAUUUUGCUAAGAGACUGUAUGCAAGCUGUGGGCAGACUUUACAGACGUCCAGAGCAAAGUCCCUUCUUUGUACCUAUUUUUUUAUUACAAAUAUACUAAUUGGUUCUUUAUAUUUUCAGAGGUUAUUGUAUUAAAUUGUCUAUUGAUAGUACUUUUAUGACUGUAAAUAUUUUGGCUUUCUCCGUGUGAAUUCUCACGUUAGACAUGAAUUCUUGCGUGUGAACUGAACGCUGAUCAGUAUUUUUUAUCCACACCUGAGAACUGUUACACUUUUAUUUUCUCUUUUAGGAAAUCCCUGUCUUUCCAUUUUUUCAUGUACAUUUUGCACAGUUACUUGUUCAUAUGUAAAUAUUUUACUUUCAAAAAUGAAGUUUUUAAUUGCUAUUGUUUUAUAUAGGAUUGAA